ACUAUUUCCACUGUGGAAAUCCAAAUGUUAACGGUACCCUAAUUCCCUGACUUAGCAUGCGGCGUAAGUUGACAAAAGAGUCACGGAAUAAAUUAGUGCUUAAUCACACCGUCACUGCGUCGCAGCGCUGGACGAAUGGACAAAUGAAAAUGAAUUCGGUAAAUUAACUUAAAAAACAAAAACAAAAAAAAACGGCAAAAAUGUAUCAAAAAUAGAACGAAAGACCAACGGAAAAAUCCAAUUUCAUCAGAAUAAAUGCAAUAAAAAGUCAAACUAAUUGGAGCGAAGGUGUGCAAACGACGAGUCUAUGGUCAGCCGCAUGAAGUGAAGUUAAAAGGAAAGCAUAAAAAAUCGAUAGAAGUGAAAGAGCGAAUUAUUUUGGCGACACAACUUCAGUAAAAAAGUAUAAAGGACGUAAAAUACAAUGGGUUUAACGGAAUAUUUCAAUUGAUUUAUGUAAUUGCCAACAGCAUGAGAAAGCCCUGGAAAACCAUCGAUCACUAUAAUUCAGCGUAAUUACAGGCAAUAAAGUAAUCGGAGAUUGAUUUUUUUAUUAUAAAAGGUGGUAUUGGCAGCGGAGGCAAAUUAACAAAGCUGACACAAGAGCACACAAAUAGUAAUAAGAAAAUGGCGAAGACUAAAACUAAUAACCUGCUAAUGCAUGGACUCAUUUUGGUGACUAUUUUGGCGACUGCCAAAAGUGCCGAGGCGGAAAUUACAAUGGAGGCAGCUUUUCAAGGUCACUGUGGUCACACAAGCCCUUGCGAACAGUUGUGCUACGAAAUCCACGAUGGAAUGUACGAGUGCGAUUGCAUUGAGGGAUACGAGCUGAACAAAAACGGUUACAGCUGUCAAGUAAUAAACUCCACGAACAGUGCGGAUGGUCAUUCGAAAUCCGAUGAGGACGUACUUUAUCAAAAGGGCGCUUCGUUUAGCGCCAAGCUUGGCUAUGCACCCUCAACAUCAUCAAUGACUGGUGAUACAGCGAAUGUGGAGGCUUCAGCGCCCAUCUCGUCGGCAUCAUUCUCAAUGGAGGAUAUCGAGGGUGUAGAGGACGAUAACUUUUUCUACGAUGACGCAAAGCGCAACGACCAGCGUACAAAGGUCAAUUCAAACGAUUAUUACAUAUCAUCUGAAGACGUCUAUUUCAGUAAUGGCGAUGAACAAGAGUUAACUAAUACUAGCCAAGAUGUACCUGAGUUGAAAACUAAACUGACAGAAUCGACAACGACAUGGAGCGCAAUCAAUUCCCGCCGCGUUGUAGUAACUGCCACAACUGACGAUCCCCUAGAAGCGUCAGCAAAUAAGAAAUCCAUACGAAUUCAUUUGAAAGCGGAACCCAAGCCCACUGCAACAAAUAAUGGGCCGCACAAGACAAGGACUUUAGCUCGCAAACAAAACGGUAUACCGUCAGCAUCAUCAACAACUACACAAGCAAUUAAUCAUAAUGAUAAUAAUAAAAAUAAGAUAGUGAAUACACUGAGCAAUGACCUAGACAUGGAUGAGCCCACCUUUGGUGGUGUUGCCGUCAAGCAGCCCCAUCUGCGCACAUCCAGUCAGAGUCAAAGUACAUAUCAGGAUCAGCAAACUGCGGUAGCAGUAGAUCUAUACAAUAAAAAUAAUAAAAGCAACAACAUAAAACAAUCAGCUGCAGCAACCGCGAGCUCUAAAUUGAGCAAGUUGAGCACUACGAGAGCGAACAGCUCAGCAUCUACCAAUGGUCAUGCGUGUGACUUGGAUUGUGGCACGGAAGGUGUGUGCGAACGUGUGGACGACGCUAACAAAUGCCUUUGUCCCUUUGGAAGAAGUGGUGAGAGGUGCUUGGAAGAAAUCAAAAUACGUACGCCGAAGUUUUCGAAGCAUUCGUGGUUAGCCUUUCCGGCACUGAGGGGUGCUUAUAAGCAUGUCCAGAUACGAGUAGAAUUUCGACCAGAGUCAUUCGAUGGCAUAAUACUUCUAAGCGGUGAGAGAGAUGAUUUGACCGGAGAUUUUAUGACACUACUAUUGAAUAAAGGAUUUGUUGAGUUUUGGUUUGACUGCGGAUCUGGCGUGGGCAGUGUUCGGUCACGUGAGACCAUAUUAUUGAACGAGUGGAACUCGGUGAUAAUUUAUCGUCACCGUUGGGAUGCAUGGUUGGUACUGAAUCAUGGCACCAAAGUGCAGGGUCGCUCGAAUGGACUCUUUUCUCGCAUAACAUUCCGAGAACCGGUCUUCCUGGGGGGCACUGGCAACAUCACGGGCUUAACAAAGCGUUUACCCGUCAAUAAUGGAUUUAUCGGCUGUAUAAGACGCUUUGUGGCAAACGAACAUGAGUACAAGUUUGAGGAACAUCCUUUGGGGGAUGUUACCAAGGGUUUUGACAUACAGGACUGUGUAACUGAUAAAUGCUUCACCUAUCCUUGUCAACAUGGCGGCAAGUGUUUGCCCUCAGAUCAGGGCGCUGUUUGUCUAUGCCCCAUAGGUUUUGUGGGCGAUCUUUGCGAAAUACGCAUGGAUCUUCAGGUACCCGCUUUUAACGGCUCGUCUUUCCUGCGUUAUGCACCACUUGGCGAUAGUGCGUUGAUUUGGUUGGAACUGAAGAUUAUUUUGAAAGCGGAACAACCCGAUGGUUUAAUAUUAUAUUCAGGUUCGGCGAAACAUGGUGACUUCAUUGCAUUAUCCCUGACCGGUGGUUUUGUUGAGUUCGUCUUUGAUCUUGGCAGCGGUCCUGCUGUUGUAAGGAGCGAGUAUCCUUUAAGCAUUGGACAAUGGCAUACUUUAAAAGUGUCACGCACAGCACGAUUAGCGGUUCUAAAGAUCGAUACAUAUCCGGAAGUAAUGACAAUCUCCUCAAAUGGUUUCUGGCAUCUCUCACUGCCCGAAAAUAUAUUUUUGGGUGGCGUUAAUCACGAAGAUAAGUUACCUUUGGAUCUGAAAUCGAAAGCGUUCUUCGUGGGUUGCAUGCAAAAGAUCGAUAUCAAUGGGCAUUCAUUGUCAAUAAUUUCGGAAGCUUUAGGCGGCACAAAUAUCGGCAAUUGCCCGCAUGCCUGCGUGGCAAGGCCGUGUGGGCCACUUGCCGAAUGUAUACCCCAAAUGGAGAGUUACGAAUGCCGUUGCAACGCUUUCAGCACUCAAUGCAAUAUGGCAGCCGAGGUGCCGAUCGAAGAAUUACAAAAGAAUAAAGCCAAGAAGAAGGAAAAUAAAGAAAAACACAAAAUGAACGGUAAACACUCUGCACACUUAUCCAAGCAUACGAAAGAUGCUGGACACUUAAAAUUUCGUAUGAGUAAAGUGCCUUCUAAGGGUAUAAAAGCGCCCAAAACCCACCACACCACAAUUAUUCCCUCAACGGAGCGCACCACAUCUUCAAGCCACAAACGCAUGGAACAUGGCAGUCGGCGUAGGCAGUCAUGGGAGCCGCUUAUAAUGGAGGAUGACGUGGAAGAGAAGGCAGAUGAUGAUAUAAUAUAUCGUGAUACACGUCGUCUGGACGAAGAAAGCUAUUAUAAUGAAGAGCCGUUACGUAGCAAACAUAAGAAAGAAAAGCGUAAAGAGAAGCAAACGAUAAAGGAAAGUGAAGUAUGGUCGACGAAACACGGAGAUAAUUCCAAAGUCCGCGGUAAGGAUGAUCAUCAACACAAAAACGUUUACAAUUUUAAACUAAGCCGAUUGCCGACACACUAUGAAAGCUUCCAAACGAAUCCGGAAAUCGACAUAUUGACAUUCGAUGAGAAUGUCGAAGUGAAAAUUGGUGUGGACCAAGACAGGGAUUACGAGCAGGUGCAGGAUGCGAAACAGAAAAAUGCUAACGAUAACAACAACGACAUUGGAUCGACACAAGUUUUCAAACAGGAUGAUUUCGAUAGUAUACCUUCCGCGUGGAAAAACGACGUGAUCGAAGAUGAUCGGCGACAUGCGCACGAUGCCAUGAACGAAGAAACAAAAUCCGAACCAUUUUUUGUGGACGACAUAUUGUUCGACACUAAAAACGACGGCACUGAAGAUUAUCAUCGUAAGGAGCUGGUACAAGAUAUGAGACGCAUACUCGCGAAUGGUCCCGAGCAUACGCCUAAUAAUAAAGCGCUGAAGCUAGUCGUAGAUGAGUAUGAUUACGAAAGUGACGAUAUUAGUCAAGAAAGCCCAACGAAAUUCAAUAUAGAUGAGAAAAAUAGUUAUAACGGCACUUUUAGCAUGUCGUCGGAACUCGAUGUUGAAUUUAGUGAAAUGAAUGAUGAUAUUCUCGAACCGGUGCAAACAGUCGUUGCGGAAAAGGCGACUACAGUUAAACAAAAUAAACCGUCCCCCACCAUUGAUACCCAAACGGAUUGGAGUUUAUUGAAGAAAAUGCAAUUACCCGCUGAUCAUCAGAGUCAAUUUGUUGGUGUACGCAAGAAUUUCGGCGCUUGCUUUGCUGGCGAAGACAGCUACUUUCAUUACAACGAUGCCGAGACGAUGAGUCAAGUUAUAAGCUACAAUAUAGACUUGAAUUUACGCAUUAAAACCCACUCACCGAAUGGAGUUAUAUUGUGGACUGGCCGACAAGGCACGACAGAUGAAAAUGCUGACUUUCUAUCUUUGGGUAUAGAAAAUGGUUAUCUACAUUUUCGCUACGAUUUGGGUUCCGGAGAGGUCGAUAUAAAAUUCAAUACGAGCCGCGUAAGCGACGGUCUUUGGCAUCGGGUUCGUGCUUUCAGAGACUCACAGGCUGGCUACUUGGAGAUAGAUGGCAGAAAAACAACAACGCAAUAUUCGCCGGGCAAAUUAAAACAAUUGAACACAGACACCGGACUCUAUGUCGGUGGCAUGCCCAAUGCGAUUUAUUUCACACGACGAAAAUAUGCGAAUGGGAUUGUCGGCUGCAUUUCGGAGAUUGUGUUGGCUGGCGAACUGAAACUGAAUUUCGAUCCUAACACGCUGGGGACAGCACACAAUGUCGAAACGGGAUUACUUUGAAAUACCGUUAUAAAAACGUAUCAACAACCGUCAAUACUACUGACACUAGUUUAAUAGUCUGUUUGGUUUGUUAGAACAGUGAGUACUUUUUCGGUUUGUACAAAGAGAUGAUUUUACACUCAAAAAGAAAAACAAAACAAGAAAUUAAGAGAAAUGAAUUAAAUCUAAAUUAGUUAAACUUAGAAGGUAGCUAAUAUGUAUACAUGUAUACUAUAAAUAUAUACACACAAAUAUACAUACACACACAAAUUUGCAGCUGAAAAAAUUGCGCAUAAAUAACGUACAUACAUACACACAAACAUAUGUAUAUGCAUAAUAGAUAUAUAAAAACACACACACACACAUAUAUAUAUAUAUAAUAUAUACAACUAUAUAUAAAUAUAUAUAUUUUAAAUAAUGCUUCAACUAAGCCUGUGACUGUCAAUAUUUAAAUAAAAAAAUUAAGAAAAUAAAAAAAAAACUAUUACAACAAAAAUGUAUGCAAAACACCACACAAAAUAUUAUAGUAAAACUUACAAACUAAACUAAAAAAUAUAAAUAAAAAAUUUAAAAAUUAAAAAAAAAAAAUUUAAAUAAAAAAUAAAAAAAUUUAAGAAAAACUAAUGAAAACGAGCGUAAUGAACAUAAGAUGGCUAAUUUGCAUCGCAUUUUUCUACAAAAACAAGCAAAUUUAAGAAAAAAACAUAUUAAAAAACCAAAAAGCUGAGAAAGAAAGGUUAGUUGUACUGAAUGUUUAACUUGAAUUCUCACAAAUUCUGCAAGUCACGUAAACGUAAGCAAAAACAAAGGGCAAUCGAAUGUUAAAAAUAACAGUGAGCCCGAGUAAACAGCUGUCUCAGAUGUCAGCGGCACCUAAUAAAUAAAAAAAUAUAAUAAUGCAUACAUACAGACACCACACCUAGGUACAUACAUAUGUGUGCGUCUGUGUGCACAUUUGCAUAACUACAUAUAUAAUAUUUAUAAGCAUAAAAAUAAAGUAGUGUAGGUAUUGGUGUAAACACAAAUACUCAGACAUCACACAUAUAGCCACACACAAAUGCAUACAUAUGAACGUCUGCUGCAGAAGUAACGAUAAUUUAUUUGGUGUUGUAGUGGUAAUUGUAAGUUAAAUUUAAAGUCACACAAACUAUGUAUGAAACGGCAGAUGUGCAGAUACGAUAUCAUUUAUGUUUAAGAGCUGGAGAAUAGAAACAAAAAAAUAUAUAUUAAAAACAAACAAAAAAAAAAAAAGAUGUAUAAGAAGAGAAAUAACUAAGCAAAAUGCAAAACACUUUUUAUAGCGAAAUUUUGAAAAUUUUUAAAUUGUAUUAACACAAACAACAAAACGUAUAACAUUACAUUUAUUUGCAUAAGCAAACUAUGUAUUUAUCGAUAAAAAACAACAACAACAAUUAGUGCGAAACUUACACGCUUUACAUGAAUAUAUGUGUAUGUACUAUUUAGGAUAUGUCUCACAUAUGUAUGCUACCAGCCACUAGCUAAAUAACACAAGCCAAGUGUAAGCAAGCGUUUUCAAAAACAAAAAUAUAUAUAUACGAGUAUAAAAAUAAAUAAAAAUCAAACACACAAGCAUACACAUACAAAAUAGCAAAUAUGUACAUACAUACAUACAGACAUGCAUAAAUACAUACACACAAUUUAUUAAGCCCACUUCUAUUUAUUUCUACAAAGAUAUAACAUGCAAACAUAUCGAAUUGGCUCUUAAAUGCCGGAGAAUUUACAUAUUUGCUUUCGAAUUUUUUAAAUGCGUUUAAAUUUACUAUAUAAUAUUUUUUUUUGAUUCUUUUCAAUGCGCUACGGUUACGAAUAACAAGCAACAUUUUUUCACAACUGCGUAUUUUCAAUGUAGUUGCAUAUUAAGGUGUGUAUUUUUUUUCAUAUUAUUUUUUAAAACCUAAAAAAUAUAUUAAGCACAUAAAUUCACAUAAAUAUACCGUUACAAAAUAUGAAUGUAUUAAAUAAAAAAUACAGAAUAGAAAAUUUUUUUUUAUAAAAGUAUUUUGUAUAAAGAAAUUGUGUGACAUGACAACGCUAUUUCGUUUUUUAAGGACAUUCUUGUGAAAAAAAUAACUGAUAGUGGCAUAAAUAUGGUGAAUAUCGUUUGUUCUUUUAAAUAUUAUGUAAAAAUCUAUAACAGAAGUUUAAAAAAGUCAUAAAGUUGUGAUAUUAUUCCACAACUGUGUAAUACAAAAAUAUAAUUUUCACCCGAAAUUUUUUCUCUUCGAAAUGGAUAAUUUUGAAUAACAAUAAACCUUAAUCGCUUAAAAUAUAUAUAAACCAUUUUGAUAAUGGAGAUUUUUUUCAACAAAAAUAAGAAAAGAUUUUUAGAUUUUUCUUAUUUUCUCAAAGAAACCGCAUUUAAAAACGUAAUACAAAUCAAUAUUUUCAUCCAAUGCAGUAGAUAAUAUAUUUCAUAUCGAAAUUUCCAGUUUUUUGGUCUAACAAUUUUUAGGUUAGAAAGAAAAAUUGGUUUCUUUAACAAAUUUUUCAAAAAUGCCCACCCUAAUGUAAGAUUUCUCAUAUUCUGAGCAUAUUUUGAUAAGUCAGUAUUUCCGAAUUCGAAAAAAAGUGUAAUAAAUACACGACGACACUGCGUAAUCAAUUUUAAUUGUCAAAGAAAGCACUCUACCGAAUGACCAAUGAAGACUAUGCUAAAAUUUAUCGUUAACGUCAUUUAUGUUUGUGAAAGCGUAUUUUACGACACCUUGCUGUUAUAUGUAUCCAUCAGAUUGGAUCAGAGACAUCUUAAUUGAUAGUUUGCCCUCUAAAAAUGUCACAAAGUGGUCUUCAAUGGAAAAACGGUUCAAAAUGUCGUCAAACAUAUAUUAUUUGAUAAAAUUUAAAUAUGAAAAAAACAGCAAUAAAUGUAUCUGUAUGUAUGUUAUUAGAAGAAAAUAUAUUUUUUUUUUGUCACAAAAUUUGUUUGGUUAUUCAACAAGUAUUUGAGUUAUCAAACUGCCCUGACUGUAUUAAAAACGCCUGUCCAUUUCCCAAGUCAAUUACGUGAAUUUGUCAAUUAAUCGCACAUCAAUUAACUAUUCUCGUGUAUCUUUUAAAUUUUAAAUAUGAAACGAAAUAAGACAUUUCCUCUAAUUAUAAUAUAAUUAAGCAAUUUCAUACUAGACAACUGUUCACUGAGUUCGAUAUAUAUUGUAAUUUCAUUAAUCUAAAAACCAUUUCAACCAAAUUUUUAUUUUAAUUUUUAGCAAUACUUUCAUUAAUUUUCUAUUCAUUAAUAUUUCAUUUAAAAAUUGUUAUAAUUACGUAAAUAUCCGUCCCAGAAAGAAGAAAUUACCUAAUUAUUGUUAUCUCUUUCUUUCAUGUUUCAAUGAUGGUAUGUUUACUAAUAUUCUACGUUAAAAUUCCACUGGAGUCAAACAGUCACUGACUUAUUGAACUGAUUUUGUAAGAUUAACUACCAUUAUUUUACUACACCUUUAAUAACAUGGGGCGCUAAUAUGAUUAAAACACCGAACACAUAAUUUUUUAAAUAAAAUUAUUAUUGAAAAAAAUAUAGUUUUUAAAAAAAUUUUCGAAACUCUUCAACCCUAAAGAGCAAUAAUUUGUAGACGCUAAUAAAGAUUUGUAGUUUCCCCCCACAUACUCCCCUUAAAAAUACGUUUUAACUACACAUUUUUGUUCUAAGACACAACUAAAAAGCUUUACUGUCCAUGUAACUAAUUGAUUUAUCAAAAAUUAUCGCAAUAAUAUUUAACAAAAAACGCAAACAAUAUGUGCAAAACAAUCUAGUAGCAAAAAUGCGUAUUUAUUGAUUGUAUACACCGAAUGAAGUAAACAAAUAAAUACAGAUAAAUGAAUUGAUGCCUAUAAAA